AUGCAAGCCCAUACAACGGAUGGAACAGGUAGUUCGGAUCAUAUACUUCAAUAUGGACCAAUUCAAGUUCGUCUAUAUCAAAAAGCAGUACCAACACUAGCAACUGGUCGUCGACCAAAACAACUUGUUCUUGAUGGUGAUGAAGCAGCUAAACGUGAAAAAAAACGACAAAGAAAUCGUGAAGCAGCAAAAAAAAUUAAAGAAAAACGAGAAACAAUUGAAUCCGAUCUCGAUCGAAAAUUACGAGAACUUGAAGCUGAACAUUCAAAUUUACAAAGUUAUCUUAAUCAAUUACAACAAAAAAAACAAAAUUUACAAACAGAAGUCAAUAAUCUUGAUGUUGAUCCUUUAGAAGAAUUAUUAUCAAAUUAUGAUACUACUGAUCUGUUUUCAUCAUUUGAACAAUAUUCACCUGAUUUCGAACUUUUUGAUGAAUCAAUACAAAGAAUUUUAAAUUCUGAUUCACUGUUAGAUAAUUAA